AUGAGAAAAAGAGAAGCAUUGAUGGACGAGUUUUCCGAUCCAUCACCAAAGAAAUUAUUGGAUGAUGAUGACGAGGAAACUUCUGAUUUUAUUGAACAUAAGAAAUCGACCAAGAAGAAGAGUAGUAGCAAGACAAAGAAUCAACAUAAUAGAACAUUCUCAUCAUCGAGUACGGGGAGUACAGGGAGUGGUGGUGGGGAAAUAACACAAUCAUCAACAUCGAGUACAGGUUCUCCUGUUGGAGGAGGUUAUCAAUCAUCGGGUAUAUAUGAUGGUGAUUCCUCUCCUGUUGUUACAUCAGAUAAUUAUGAUAAUAAUCGAUUGAAUUACUCUGCAUCGAAUAGUAAUAUUGAUAAAUACAAGGGAAUAAGUUCAAGAGAUAUGGGAAAGGUUAAUAGUAUGCCAUCAAUUUCGGAAUCAUAUGAAAAUUCAUCAUCAUCAUCAUACUCUAAUGAUCCACGUAUUGGUACCAUGAAGAAUAAUUAUUAUGAACAGGCAAGAAAGAGACAAAACGAAGAGAGUGGUCCAUACAUUUUGCAAGUUAUUGCCGAUAUGUUAAAGUAUAUUUAUUCAUCAAUUACAGAAACUGCCAAUAUUGGAGGAUCUAGAUUGACAAGUGCUGUCUCGGGAAUGAAUUUCAGACAGAAUCAAUCCAAUGCAAACCCAAGAGCAGGAGGUGAUUUCCCAUCUCCAGAGAUUUAUUUAGAACCUGAAAAGAAGCAAAUUUUGGAACAAUUCAAAAAGUAUUGCUCUAAAAAGUUCGAUAUUGAGAAUGACAAGCAUCAAAAACUGUUAUUCUCACUCUACAAGUGUUGUACUCAGAAGAAGACUAUUUUAACUGAGGGAGAACAUUGGAAAUUCUUGGGAUUCCAAAACACAAAACCAGAAACUGACUUUAGAGGAGCAGGUAUUCUUGGGUUGAGAAAUUUACUCUACUUCUCCAAACAUUACAAGAAGAGAUUCAAGAAUUACUUUGGAAAAUGUACAAAUGAGAUUUCUGUCACUGAUGAUGGUACUUUCACAAGUUAUCCAUUUGUUAUUGCUGGGUUGAAUGUGACAAUGUUGCUCUUGUCCUUCCUAGGUAUUGGAUUCCAAGCAUCUAAGGUACAUAAUGUGACGGCCAAGAAGAAUUUCAUUGAACUUUUAACAUCCGGAAGAGGAAAACCAGUUCUUGAAGAGGAUGAAGACGAAGAGGAGGAUGAAGAUUCUACACCUGUAGUUACGGAAGGAACACUGCUUUCCUUUGAUGACAUUCCAGAACAAAAACCUAAAAAGAAGGGAAUUAAUAUUUUGGAUGAUGAAAUUUCACCUGUUGUGUGGGAUAAUAAUUCUCUGUCGUGGGAUGAACCAAAUUCUGCCACUUCCUCGAAAAAUGUUGCUGCUGGUAGUAAUACUAAAAAGUCAACAGCUGGCACCAAGCUUGUUCCAGCUUCACCUGUAAAGAUAUCCCAAAAGACUGAAAAGAAGAAAAAGCCAAAGGCCAAGACUGAAACUCACCAAUUUAAUCUCGAUCUUUUCAAUGAAAUGUAUGUGGUCGGAUUUACUUGCCUUCACAGAGAAUGGCACAGAACUAAGGCAACCUAUUUUGAUUUUGGACGUGUUCUUGAUAAUGCUCGUAAACAUUUGGAAGAUUUAUUAGAAUUGAGAUUUAACAGUUUUGGAGAUGUUAAGGAAUUCAAUCAAUCAUUGAAAAACUAAACAUUAUUUUAUUCUC